AUCAUUCUCUAAACAUUAAAUAACAGAUCAUUGCUCUUCUUCCCCCAGAUUAUGGCGAGUUACUUUGACGAACACGAUUGCGAACCUCUGAGGCAAGGUGAGGCUCCUAAUCACUUCAUGGAUUUUGCUCGCCUUCUAGUGGAUACUGGAGCAUGGAGAGAGGAUGAAUUUGCAGCCAUUUUCUCCGACCGACCUCCGCCUCCCACUUCCAAAAAGUUCUUGGAAGAAGAUAUGGAAGAAAAAAUGAUCAGGAAUGAAUGUGAUGAGUUUGAAUGUCCGAUUUGUUUGAAAAAAUGCGAGCAAGACGACUUGAUAAACGUGCUUCCUUGCAAGCACAAGUUUCAUCCUGAGUGCAUCCUUCCUUGGCUGAAAAAGACAAGUUCUUGUCCGCUUUGUCGGUUUGAAUUACCCACAGACGACCCGAACUACGAGGAGAUGAAGAAGCAACGGAAGCGUGAUAUCAACAAAAAGAAGGAUAUUGAAGCACUUCACGAUUCGAUGUUUGGCUGAUUGAUUUCAUCCGCUUUUUUUGAUUAAUUGGGCGUUUAUUAGGCAUUUGCACCUUUAAUUGACACUUUACAAAUAAAACAAAUUCGUUUUUUGA